CCAGCAGCUGAUCGGUAAUCCAGAAGAAGUUUCCCCUCAGUUAGGGGGGAGCUCCACUUUGAAGCAGGAGACUCCACAACCACCCUGCAUUAAAAAGGAAGAGGAGGAACUCUGCAUCACUCAGGAGGGAGAGUGUCUUCUAGGACGAGAGGAAGCUGAUUACACCAAGUUUCCACUGAGUAUUCUCUCUGUGAAGACUGAAGAUGAUGAAGAGAAACCACAAGUAGACAACCUCUUAGCUCCACUAUCAGAUAGUGAGGCUGAAGACGAGAUUGAAGUAACUUUGAGCAGCGAUACAGACUGUGAAGGUGAUAUGAGGACUCACACUGACAACAAACACUCUGAAUGCUCUACAAAGAAGAGAGGUAAAACAUGUUUGAGCUGCUCGGUUUGUGCUAAAAGUUUUACUAAAAAGAGCAGUUUGACUCUACACAUGAGAACACACACAGGUAAAAAACCCUUUAAUUGUUCAGUUUGUGGCAACAGCUUUUCUGGAAAUGGCUCAUUGACUCAACACAUGAGAACACACGCAGGUGAAAAAACAUUUAAUUGUUCAGUUUGUGGCAACAGCUUUUCUCAAAAUAAAAAGUUGACUCGACACAUGAGAACACACACAGGUGAAAAACCCUUUAAUUGUUCAGUUUGUGACAAAAGCUUUUUUAAUAAGAGCAUUUUGACUCAACACAUUAGAACACACACAGGUGAAAAACCCUUUAAUUGUUCAGUUUGUGGCAAAAGCUUUUCUCAAAAUAGCAAUUUGACUCAACACAUGAGAACGCACACAGGUGAAAAAACAUUUAAGUGUUCAGUUUGUGGCAAACGCUUUUUUAAUAAGAGCAUUUUGACUCAACACAUGAGAACACACACAGGUGAAAAACCCUUUAAUUGUUCAGUUUGUGGCAACAGCUUUUCUAUUAAGAGCAUUUUGACUGGACACAUGAGAACACACACAGGUGAAAAAACAUUUAAGUGUUCAGUUUGUAGCAAAAGCUUUUCUAUUAAGAGCAGUUUGACUAAACACAUGAGAACACACACAGGUGAAAAACCCUUUAAUUGUUCAGUUUGUGGCAACAGCUUUUCCCAAAAUAGCCAUUUGACUAAACACAUGACAACACACACAGGAGAAAAAACAUUUACCUGUUCGGUUUGUGGCAAAAGCUUUCCUCAUAACAGCUCUUUGUGGCGACACAUGAGAACACACGCUGGAGAAAAACCAUUUAGUUGUUCAGUGUGCUGUAAAAGGUUCCCACAUAAUGCAGACGCAGUAAAACACAUAAAAACACACAAGGGAAAAUAACCAAUUAGCUGUUUAGUUUGUGGUAAGUUGCUCAUAUGUGGUGACAUCCACCCUACCCAGGACCUCCUCACUGCUUCUUUCACAAAUAUCUGAGGUAUUCAUACAAACUUGGAUUAUUUGGAGCAUAAUCUUAUCCACUCAUGACCCCAUGUCUUCUCUGUAUCUGAAACCUUCCUGAACAGUAAGAUAGAUGAUGCUUCAAGUGCUUGGUUACUCCUUCUUCAGUCCUGGGGCCUCAUGUGUCAAGUUUGUGCACGCUCAAAAACCUGCACUACACCCUUUUUCACUGCAAAGUUGAGAUUUAUCAAAACUGACGUUGACGCAUAAGUGAUGCUGGGUAACUGUUUGCAUAACAAACUGCCAACUUUUAUUCCUCAGACUGAUUGAUGUGCAAAUCAGAAACUUAUGAACAAUUAACCCCCAACACCCACAACCCAACCCCCACCUCCCUCGACAUUCGGGCAUAACAGGUUCAAUCCGGCCCGCGAGAUGAGUUUGCAAAGUGUAAAAUUCAGCUGUAUUUUUAAUGAAAGAAACUGCUGUUCUUAAUGUGUCCACUGGAUGUCACAUUAGCAAUUCUGUUAGGCAAGCAAAUAGCAUAUCAAGUAUACCAAGCAAGAGGUAGACGGUAAAGCGGGACUGUGACUCCUCCCCCUCCACCCAACGUAAAACAGGAGUAAAAUAAGCAAUCAGUAACCCCACUUAAAAUGCAGCAUGAGACACUGCACACUGAUAUAGUUCUGUGAAAAUGAUUGUCUUCUGUGCAAAUGUAAAGAAAGUGAACAGUGUGUGAUUUACUGCAAUACUGUCAGUCUUUUCACUUUUUAUUUGUGCUUUGUUGAAAUUGUUCACACAUUGCACAGCUUUUAUUUU